GAAGAGGGCGGGCUUUACUUGGUGUCAGUGAGAGAAAUGAAAAAAAGCUCAAAUGAGUGAGAAGGACGAUGAAGGAAACAUCUGUGCUGUGUCUGCUCUUUCUGAUCUCACUGCUGAGCUGCACAACAAACCAAGCUCGUCUGACUGUGAGUCUCAGCAGCUCUCAGUUCUUUGAAGGAGACUUUGUGUCUCUGAGCUGUGAGGAGGACGACAGCUCUGCUGGAUGGACUCUGAGGAGAAACACAAGCAAAGAACAGAAGACUCAGUGUGGAGAUGUGUGGGGAAAACCAACUGGUUCUUCCUGUAACAUCAGCUACACUUAUCCACUGGAUAGUGGAGUUUACUGGUGUGAGUCCAGAGAGGGUCCCAUCAGUAACAUGGUUAACCUGACAGUCACUGGUGGAUCAGUGAUCCUGCAGAGUCCUGUCCUCCCUGUGAUGGAGGGAGAUGACGUCACUCUGCUCUGUAAAACAGAGACCACUCCCUCCAACCUCCCAGCUGCUUUCUAUAAAGAUGGCUCCCUCAUCAGGAAGCAGCCUACAGGUCACAUGACCAUCCAGCAUGUUUCCAGGUCUGAUGAAGGCCUCUACAAGUGUGACAUCAGCGGUCAUGGAGAGUCUCCAUCCAGCUGGAUCACUGUCACAGGGGAAGACACCACCACACCUCCACCUACAUCGACACCUCCAACUACAUCGCUCUCGCCACCUGCUCUCUCUGUGCUGCAGUUGUUGUUUGUUAGGUCGGUCUAUGUUGUGGUUCUACUGGUGUUACUGGUUAUGCUGAGGAUACAAUGUGUUCACAGAAGAGAAGGAUGCAGUUGCAGACAAUUCAGCAUUGAGAACUGAAGAUGUCAGUUAUGGACAAACAACCAGAACAAGAAAGCCCAGGUACAGCUGCUCUUUAUCUUUGACUUUGGACAGAGACAAGCGAG